UGCUGCUCUGAUGCCGAAGCUGCACGUGUAGGCCGCAGUCAAAUUGUUUUGCUAGCUGUCAACAGCUGAAACAUUUCAGCUCCCUACAAAAGCGGCUUUUUUUUUCAUCGAGGCGGCUGAAUAGGGCCGUGACACGUUCUGAGGUGUCACUUGCGUGAUUCCAGCUAUGCCGAAAAGGUCAGUUGUCAUCCAGUCCAAGGCGCGAUGGAAACCCGUCGAAAUAGAGCCCUCAACUGUUCAAAACCUAGAAUGCGAGGGCUUCUCGGGCAUCGAAGAGCUUACGAGCUACGACAUCGUGCGUCAGGACGACUCUUCAAAGCGAUCUACCCAUACGCCCGACAAGCCUACCAAGAAAAAGAAGCGAAAGCGAGCGCGCAAGCCGACGAACGCAGAAGCUUCAACGACAGUAAAUGGUGAUGAUGCAGGAAGCGACGACGAAGAUGUUGAGCAUUCGCACGAAAAAAAGCUCAAGUGUGACGGCCCAGACAUGUCUGCGUGGCUCAACUGCCACGUUCCGGAACCGGUGUUGCGAGCGCUGGCCGAAUUGAAAUUCACCGAGCCCACUGAAAUACAGGCGCAGACAUUGCCAGCCGCCAUACGCGAUCACUUGGACAUCAUGGGCGCAGCGGAGACCGGCAGCGGCAAAACACUCGCGUUCGGCAUACCCCUUCUGCACCACAUCAUGGAGCGCAAAUCGCGACUGUCCGCGGAAGGGGAGACGAAGGCAAUGCCUCUCCAAGCUCUGGUCUUGACUCCCACGAGAGAGCUCGCCAUUCAGGUGACGCGGCACAUUCAGGAUGUGGCGAAAUACACGAACGUUCGCAUCGUGAAUGUCGUCGGAGGACUUUCGGCAGAGAAGCAACUGCGACUUCUCAAACGCAAGCCCGAGAUCGUGGUAGCCACACCUGGUCGACUCUGGGAGCUCGUCGACCAAGGAGCGCCCCACGUGUCGGACGUGAGCAAAGUCCGGUACCUAGUUAUUGACGAGGCUGAUCGCAUGGUUGAAAAGGGUCACUUCGAAGACCUUACGCGCUUGCUGGACGUUAUGAACGCACCUUAUGAAGAUGGUGAAGAAAAGCGCCGGCGACAAAAUUUCGUCUUCUCGGCGACUUUGACCAUGGUUCACGACUUACCGAAGCGUAUGAAAAACAAGCCUAAAAAACACAAGCUGUCUGAAAAGGAAAAAGUUGAAGAGCUGAUGCGCACCAUCGGUAUAAGUUCAAAGCCAAAAGUGGUUGACUUGACCCGGAAACUUGGAACUGCUGAGUCACUGUGUGAAUCGCGAAUUGUAUGCCCCUCGAUUGGAGACAAAGACAGUCGGCUAUAUUAUUUUCUUUUGGCACAUCCGGGGAGGACAUUGGUGUUCUGCAACAGCAUCGACAGCGUGCGGCGUUUAGUGUCUGUGCUGGACCUGCUUGAGCGGUCUCCCCUUCCACUGCAUGCCUCCAUGCAACAAAGGCAACGACUCAAAAACCUCGACCGCUUCAAGAAUAACCCAUCCGGUCUUUUGCUUGCCACAGACGUGGCAGCGAGGGGCCUUGACAUUCAGGGUAUCCAACAUGUCAUUCACUUCCAAGUUCCGCGGACUGCCGAAGUUUACGUGCACCGCAGCGGUCGCACGGCACGGGCCAGAAGUGGUGGACUAAGUGUGAUGCUCAUGGAACCAGGAGAGUUGCACUUGUAUCGCAAGAUAUGCAAGACUCUGAACAGGGACGAAGACCUUCCAGACUUCCCCAUCGACCUGAGCAUGCUGAAAGCGGUGCAGAAGCGUGUCGACCUGGCCAGAAAGCUUGAGGCUGAAAGUCACAGGGCUCGACGGACCAGCUACGAAGACAACUGGCUGCAGCGUGCCGCAAAGGAGAUGGAGAUAGAUCUUGACGAGAGAAUGCUUUCAAAUACCGACGAGAAAAAGAAGGCAGACACGAAACGCAAGCUUAAAGCGAUGCAGUUUCAACUUUCCGAGAUGCUGAAGAAGCCUCUGUUCCCUCCUGGUUUCUCGGGGAAAUACUUGACUAAGCAAGGAGCCUUGGAAGUGCCUAAGGUGCGCAUGGAUGAUGCAGCACUGGAAGCCAUGGAAGAAUGGAAAAAGAAGAAGAAUGCCAUGGUUUCCCCUGCAGAGCCCACAUCCAAAAUCAUUAAGAAAAAGAAGACCAAGAGAUUUCCAAUGUGGAAGCAGAAAGUUAGUAAAAAACAAAGCAACCAAUAAAGUGUAAACAGCUUAAUUACAAAAGGCAGUGUGGAA